UUCAUUAUACCUUUGACUAAUACAACAAACUUAGCAACAUAUUUUUUGAAAAGUAAAUAACAUACAUCAGGAAGGCCGGGAAAUGGGGAUAAUGGUCAACUUUUUGAAUGCCCUGCGAAAGGUGCGACUCAAACUGUCCAGCAAUCAAAUGGUAAAAGGCUUGGGAUCCUCCAAGUUAAGUGAUAAGGAAAUAAAGGGUCUCUGGAACAACAAAGAGGAUAUCGAUGGUAUAGAAGCAACCCCUCAAAGGACACCACCUGGAUCCGAGAUGCUGUGGCAGAACAUCAAGAGGGUGCUGCUCAUGUGCGGGGGUCAGAGGCAACCCGGCGGCGUUGAGGAGGAGAAGCGGAUGAAGGACUCGUGCCGGCUGGUCGAUGUCCUGGAGGCCCAGAGAUUCGUUAGCCUGGUGUUCGCCGCCAUGCAGGUGCCCAAACAGGCGGCCAGCGAAAUGGCCGACGCCCUGAUAGCCGCCGAUUACAUGGGCCAGCGCUCCAUGGGCAUCCACCGGUUGCCGGCCAUUGCGGCUGAUCUCCUUAACUGCACCGUUGUGGGGGAUGCCACACCGGGAAUUGUGUCCGAGAAGAAGGCCAUCGCCCUGGUAGACGGCCAUAACGCUCCCGGGCCGGUGGUGGCCAACUUUUGCAUGGAUCUGGCCCUGCAAAAGGCCAGAGAAGUCGGCAUUGGAUGGGUUUCGGCUCGCAGCUCCAACUGCAUUGGAUUCGCCUCAUGGUACGCCUGUCAGGCUCUGGAACAGCGUAUGAUUGGCCUUUGCAUGACGAAUGGAGCUCCCACCCUGGUGCCUGCGGGAGGCAUUGAACCCAUACUGGGAGAAAAUCCCAUUGCCUGUGCCGCUUCCGGUGUCCAUGAACAAUUCUUGGCCGAUUUCGGCAUGGCCUCCUGCUCGGUGGAGGAACUGGAGCUGUCCUAUUGCAACGGCUGGUCGAAGGAAGUGCCCAAAUUAGUGGCUUUGGAUAGGAACGGCCGGGAGACCACCUCCACGGAGGAGGCGUUGAGGGCCCAGCGGAUUCGAGCCUUUCAGCCGGAGCACAAGGGCUUCGGCAUGGCCGCCAUGGUGGACAUUUUGUGCGGUGUGAUGACAGGUGCUCGAUAUGCAAAUCAAAUCCAACGCCGUGGGGUCUAUAGUACGGAAAAUGCUCCGGCGGAUUUGGGCCAAGUCUAUGUGGCCAUCGAUCCGAUGCGAUUUUGUCCCUCUUUCGAGGACCGACUGGGCGAUUUCCACCGCCUGCUGAGACAGGCGAUGCCCAACAAGGUGGGCAAAGCGGCGAUGGUGCCGGGUGACAAAGAGAUGCAGCACAUGCAAAUGGUCGACGAACAGGGCGGCCUCACCAUGUCACCCUGCACCCUGUGCGUCCUCGAAGAACUGGCCACAAAGUUCGGCAUCUCCCCUCUGAAGAUGAAGGGCAACAGACCAGGUGGGGAUUGUUGUUCAGAGGAACUGCAGAUGGCUUAGGUUUAUCUUGCUUUUUGUUCCAGUUAAUGGUCAAAUGCCGAACUCUUUUUUUCUAAUUUCCUUAAAGUACUAAACAGUCUUAAAUAAAAAUUAAAAAUAUAGAAAUAUAUGAAGAUAACCAGAGGUGAGAGAGCAGAGGAUAAAAAAUGUGGCUCUCAGUUUUUUUAUCUUGUGCUGUCCCACAAUUCUUCUGGUCUAAUCUGCAAA